GUGAAGUCUUUUUUCGACCUAGGUAUGAAUCAAGAUUCGUGCGCUGAGAAAGGGUUCUCCGCUUCUCCUGACCGUCCGAUCGCUCCGUUGGCAUAUGGUGCCUGUUGCCGUAAUGCCGUCAUCGCCCAUUCGCCCACACGAGCGGGCCGGCCGGGAGCCCAGCCAGAGCCCAGAGUUACUUCGCGGCCUGAGUCCUCGGGACCGGAGGUCUCGCUACCGGCAACCGGCGAGACUGGCGGCCGCGUCCUCCGUUCCUCUCCGGCGACUGGCUCGAGUCCUCUUCCCGGCGGAAUCAUGAUCGUCUGCGUCGCCGUCGUCGGCCACCAGAACAAUCCGCUGUACCUGCAGAGCUUCACGGAGGCGGACGACGCCCUCAAGCUCCACCACAUCGUCCACUGCUCCCUCGACGUCAUCGACGAGCGAGUGAACAAUCCUAAAAGGAGUGCGCCUACGUUGAAUGAGACAUUUUUGGGUCUUCUGUACCCAACUGAGAACUACAAAGUGUACGGCUAUUUGACAAACACAAAGGUCAAAUUUAUCAUGGUCACGACUGAUCUUGAUGUCAAAGAUGCAGAUGCCCGAAAUUUUUUCAGGAAGUUCCAUGCUGCAUAUGUAGAUGCCGUCUCAAACCCGUUCCAUGUCCCAGGGAAAAAGAUUGCUUCAAGAAGCUUUGGUGCAAGAGUAAGCACCAUCGUGAAAUCCUUCGGUUCAGGGAUAACCAGUUGAUCGAAUGCCACUUUUGCCAGACUUCCUGUAAUCAAACAUAUGUGUUCUACCUGUUUGACAAAAUCACUCCCCACUGUGUACUGCUUGUAUGUUGAACGUGAUGCUAGUUUGGUACUGAUUGCUGAACAAAGAAAGAUAGUGGUUCAUUCAUUCAAAGAUUGUGCCUUUUCUUGUUCA